CAAAGCCUUUGCUUUCGCCGCCACCGAACCAACUCAGUCUCGAUUCAGACGCGCUGCGAGACACAACCUCACAAACCCCCGAACGAGCACGCUGUCCCUGUGGAGUCCGUCCGUCCGCAACACUUUAUUCCUCAACACCGCUACUAUUUCGCGGGUCGGGUUGGCUUGACCUGCCUCAACACGACUGCCAGAAGAGUCCUGAACAGUGCCAGAAUGUGAGCUUUGGUGGGUGAUUCUAGUGGUGUAACUUAAGUUCCAAGUGCCAACAGGGUGUUCAACAUCAUGUCCAAACGGUUAAGGUGAAAAAAAAGGGAAGGUUCGUCGCUUGUUGUUCAGGAAAAGAGCUGGAGCAACGUUUUUUCGAAAAGCCCCAACGAAGAAAGUGCUGUAUCAUAAUAAAACCUAUUAAGCUAACUGCUCAAGAGUGUGGUGAACGGGUGGUGAAGUGAAGGAAAAUACGACCGUUCGGCGGCGGCGGCGUUCGUGCAAAAGAAAAGCUCCUUUUAUUAUUGAAAACAGACCCAGCCAAGCCAAGUCAAGUGCAUUGCCCUCUUCGGCGACUAAGCCUGAUCCCGUAGCAGAGGGGCCGUCACGAGAAUUUCGGACUUGGGCGGAUUUUUAUUGGAGCCAUAAGCUUGAGGAGUGAUUUGCAGAAACGUGGAGAAUGGCGAGGGAUGUCGCCAGCAGACGGUACCACUGGUACCCGGCGGUGGCGCUGGUGCUGCUGAAUCUGUCCGCCCUGCAGGCCGGUGAACGGUGGUCCCGCCAGCUGACGGACUACAGCCAUGUGCCGGGCAAUGAUUGGAUACCGUUGGCACGGCCUGGCGAACGGCAAGCCGGGGCAAAGGUGUUGAACUACUUUGACCAGACUUCGUUCCUGGACAACAGUGCCCAGCCGCAGCAUCACCAGUUCAGCUACCAGCAGUUCCCUCCGCAGUCGAGUCGGCUGGUCUUUCCACCACCACCCCAACAGCAGCAAGUUCAGCAACAGCAGGACUUGGAUGCGGUGUUCAACCAGCAGUUCAACCAUCAGAACUUCUUCCAACAACACCAGCAGACGCAGUUCGGCGGAGGUAUUCAGACCAUUCAGCGGCAUCCACUGCCACCGUACAGUCCUCAACUGCCAAAGGAGUCGCUCGUCCACGAGAAGCCAUCCGUUGUGGAGCAACCGUUUCAAUUUGGCCAACCCGCUGGACCGAGGCAACCAACUCAACCAGCUAACGGAGGAGUAUCCCAAGAGGAAGUUCAGCUUCUGUACGUCCCCGUUGAAACGCUGUACAACCAGAAGCAAGCUGCACCGGACACGAGUCGGUUCAACCCACUUCCACAGCCAGUGAGUGCGUCGUUGAUCAAUGACUUCUACACGGCAGCGACCACCACGUCCAAGCCGCGAACCACGCAGACUCCGUACACGACCAAAUCCACUACCAAAGCGACGGUCAAGCCAAAGCCGAACCAACCUCCGCUAGCGAUGUUCAUGUACAACGACGACAAGUCCAAGAUUUCCAUCACCGAUGCGCUCGGAAACCUCAAGAACGUCGGCCAAAUCUCCGUCCUAGACAGCUUGAGCAAGAACCUCCCGAAGGUCUUUAUCGGCCCGUCAGGUCUUGCUCCACCCAAGGGUUACUCCAAGUUCGAACUGCCAUACCUAUCCACCAUCGAACAGAACCGCUUCGACCGCAAGCUGAACGACCUCCCAUUCUUCGUAGCCCCGUUGAGCUACAAAACACCCAGCGGAUUCUCCAAGAUCCCACUGCCAUCACCCCACGUUGGUUCCGUCAUCGUCCAGCAAUCGACGGCCAGUAGCCAAACCAACAACUAUUACCGCCAACCGGACAACAUCGAGUACUACCAACCGGCAACGCUCAAGUUCUCCGACAUCUCCACCAAACCACCAAUCACUCUCCCAUCGGCCAAGCCCCAACAGUACGAACCAGAUCACUACACGUCCCCAACGGCCAAACCAACCACCGACCGCAUCACCUACAGCCGCGGAAACACCCAAAGCCCGCAGGAAACCUACCGCCAGCCACAAACCUACAACAGCCUCAGCAACCUUCCCAACCGGCACAUAGUCAACGAGGAGUACUUCAACCUGGCCAAAACCAAGAAACCCGCCGUCCAAACCACCGUCUCCAACUACACGCCCAAAACCUACAAACCGUUCGAGUUCAAACCCAUCCCCGAGCAGCAAUACCCAGAACCCGAGGACCAAACCCCGGUAUUCACCACGCCCAAGCCAGCUACCACAACCGAACGUCUGCCGACAACCCGCCAGGAAGAGUCCCGCAUGAAGGCCUUCUUCAAGGAGGAAAACUUCCGUAACCGCCGCCCGUACACUCCCUCAACGCUCCCUCCAACCUACGAGGAGGAAGACAGCCCGAACAACAACCAAGAACAGGAACAACGCUUCGUGCACAAGUUCAAACUAGUCGACUCGGUCCGUCCGCAAACCACCUCCACCACCAAAUCCGUCAUCGACAACGCCUUCCUCGAUUUCUUCAACCAAGAGGGCAACCAGCACAACGAAAUGGUCAAAACCGUCGUCUCGAACACCGGCAACAACCCCGGCCAGCAAAUCAUCCGAAACAACUACUUCACCUCCAACGCCAACGAAGCCGAACCGCCGAAGCAGAAGUUUGUCAGCACGUACUUUGCGCCGACGACGUCGGGAACGAGCACGACGGCACGGGCUACCACGACCACCAGCACGGUCGCACCCCGAACGGACCCGGAUGCCUUCUUCCGGGACUUUGACGAAAAGAGCAGGUUUGCGUCGCGACCCGCCGUCGAAAACCAGGAAGCGUUCAUCAACCGGUACACGGAGUCUUCGUACGUGAACAAGUACAAGUACGAGACGAACACGAACGAGGCGCACUACCCGGUUGAGGUGGUGACCACGCAGGAUCCGAUUCGGCACGACGAGGUGACCACUGCUUCGCCCGAUCAAUCGUACAACAUUCCGUCGGAACUGCCUCCGAUCAGCGCGAACCUUCCCGGCUUGGUCAACUCGCUCAUGGAAGACGAAUGGGCACAGAAGAAGGGCGGCGAGCAGGACUCCCCAACGUCCACCACCACCCGAACCAACUUCCGAAAGCAGCAGAGUUACCGCACCACUCCAGCGCCAACCACGCAGGAACCUUACGUCAGCGAAGUUACCACUCGGCGUACCCGAGGACGGCGCCCAACAGCCAGCACAACAACGCACUCGGACGCUCCAGCCCCAACUCGAGGAUCCGUCAACCGAAGCCGAUCGCGGUACGUUGCCUCCGACGGCGAGAAGCCAAGCCGAGGACGGGUCAGGAGUCGCGUCCAGGUCAACCCACGGGUAACCAAGGAGGACGACAACCUUGAGUACCAACGCGAUGUGCUGAAGCAGAACUACCCGGUCAUACGACCAACCGCAGGUCAGUCGACUACGCAGACGACCACAACCACCACAACUACGACCCCUCCUCCACCGACAACCACCACAACAACAACGCAAGCCACAACGAUGCCGAUCACGUAUCAGCAAAUCUACGAAGAGCAAACGGAGCGUCUGUAUCCGUACCCGUCUACCGACCCUGUCGACCAGGAGGAAGUGUCGAUCCCCCGCAAGGAAUACUCCUACAACGAAAACUACUACGAACCGGAAGUUACGAGCACGUACCCGCAGACGACCCCACGCCGGGUCAUCCAGUACCAAACCCCUGCCCAGCAGAUCGACGAGGAAUCGGUCCGUGUCCUACCGGUAGACUACCAGCCGGAACCACAGCGCGAAGUGAUUCGCGAACAACCGCAACAACCCGUGUACAACCUACGAAGACAACCCGCUAAGCAACCAGCAGAAGAAGCACCAGUGACCAGUGACGAAAUACCAAAGGUGGAGAUCACCCCGCGCCCGCGGAGACCCGGUCUCUCCCGGCAGCAGGUGUACUCACCGCGGACUACGGCUGCGACGGAGCGCGCAACUACCACGACGACGACGCCGGAGGUCGGCGCGUCCAGGGGAGCAGGUUCCCGUCGACCGGCGUUCGUGCGGCGACCUGCACGGCCCCUGUACACGACGACCUCCGCUCCGCCGACGACGACCUACGCGAGCCGGGGUUAUGCGCCCGGCGGCUCCGACGAUGAGCAGCCCACGCAAGGAACUGCUACCGUGCGCCCCAAGAGCCGCCAGGACAUUCUCCGCGCCAGAACGCGACGACCAGUGACGACGACGGCCGCCGCAGCCACCACCACCACCGCUUCUCCAGAGCCUUCGGUCACGAGAGGGUUUGCGAGAAACAAGGAACUUCGAAGGGUGUCCCCAACUACUCGAUCAAGACAAGAACAACGUGAACGUGAACCACAACAACAACAAACGCAACAGCAACAAGCGGACUCAACUUCGACGCCAAGGUUCCGCAUCCGGGAACGGACCCGGUUCAACCUGCAGCCGCAGGAGAGCCAGUGGUCUACCAAGCUGAACCAGAACUCAUUCCAACCUGUGCAGGACGUAGAAUCACGCCACAAGACAUACGGCGACGAAGAAUUGCCACAGAACGAACCGGAAAUCGUAACCGCGAGUGCACUACUCAACCAAGAAGAAGAAGACGGUGAAGGCCAGGUCAGCAACAUCCACCUGAUCAACGUUUCGGCCAAGAUGGGCGGACCAGUCACGGCUACGGGAACGCCCGGCUUGAUCAUGAACGAAGUAGCGCUCAGCCAAGCGCCUCCACAAGCGGAAGACAACGCUGACAACAGCAACGCUCCCAGCUUCGCCGAGCUGCUGAACGACGUGAUGAAGGAAUUUAUCGAUGAGGACGUCCAGCAGGCCGGCACCGAGGGCAAGACCGUUGAGAACGAGAUCCUCAUCCAGGAGGUUCCCUCGUCGACGACGGAAUCCCAGCGAAGACGCAACGUCGGCAGUGGUGGUCGGGCAGGUGGUAACUUCCGCAAGCGAGGUCGAUCCCACGCGGUGGAGUCGUUCGAAACUGCCGAAUCUCAGCACAUCAACAGCCACGUCUACAACUCCGCUGGAUUCGAACAGCUGAAGAACAUCGACAAGGCGUACCUCCACGGCAAAAACUUUGCGGAAGAAGCCAAGGGUGCCAGCGAAAUCGAAGAAAACACGGCCCAAGAAGCCACGACCGCCGGUCCAGCAGCUCAACCCCAGGAAGAACCCAUCGUCACGAUCCAACCGGAAGUGACCACUUCGAGCGUGCCGGAAACGACUUCCCUACCAGAAACCACCUCUGUGCUCCCAGUAGAACACGAAACCGUAACGCCAGCCCCAACCCCAGUAGAGGAGGACGACGGCCACUCGGCGGAACAGUUCUACGACGACGAACCAACGCCCGAACAGACCGACCCAAGUCAGGGCAUCUUUGCCGACGUCAAGCGCCAAAUCUCCGACCUGUUUGCGAUGGCCGAGAACGAUCCGGAAACGGAAGAAAUCGAAGAAGACGACCAGCAGUACCAACCGUCAGCCCCGAUGGUAAGCAGUACCGACGAGCCGGAACUCGCGACGACGCCUACCGCACAGGUCAACCUGACCACGACCACCACCACAACCACCGACAUGACGCCGGAUGAGAACCAGUUCGAACCGGUCACGGAGUCGGUCCCGAAUGCCAUGCCCAUCCCGACCUCGACCUCGAACGGGAUCACGCACGAGACGGAAAUCUGCUACCGGGGGCGAUGCGUCAAGACGGACGAGAAGAAGCCGAAAAAGAGCAAGUUUAAGCCAAAUUAAGGGUGGAGAGCGAGAGAGCGAACUGCUGCUGCAGCGAGAGAGAAAGAGCGAAAAAAGAGAGAAACAGAGAGAGCAGCGGAAACAAGGCGUAGCCUGUCUUCUUACUUCUUCUAGUAGGUAGUGUUCUUUUUUGUAAAGAGAAACGUUACGACUUAUUUAUUUGUAAUAUAUAAGAGUAGAGAUAAAAAUAAAAAGUUUAAAAUCCGAA